UUUCAUCAAUCUUCCCAGCGUUCCGAUCAUGGUAGAUUGCGCUUCACUUCUACAUUGUAUCGUUUGACUGAACUAGUUACCUUUUACAUUAAGCGGAAAGGGGCGAGAAUUGUUUUUCUAUUAAACGCCGAGGACGAACAUUUUUGUCAACGUCAACUUUUAUAUGUUUUUAAAUUAAAUAAUUAGAUUUUAUAUGUUCCAGAUGUGGGCACACCGUUUCUGGUAACCCUCCACCCUGCAUCUACCGACCGUGAGAGACUCCCCAGGACGGAGGCUUGACCCCACCCCCCUCCACCCUCUGAGUGGACCAUGAACUAAAGACUCCACCGCCCCACCCAUCGCCUACAUCUGUUCUCCAUUCUUUAUUUUAUUUUAUUUCCCCUCGUAUAACGAGGGCUAAGGAGCCCCCCCCCCCCCACCACAGCUCACAGUCACCAAGCCGGAAACAUGGGGAGGAAAAAGAUCCAGAUUCAGAGGAUCACGGACGAGCGCAACAAGCAGAGCCGCACCAACGCCGACAUCAUCGAGACGUUGCGGAAGAAAGGCUUCAACGGCUGCGACAGUCCCGAGCCGGAUGGCGAGGACUCCGUCGACCAGAGUCCCCUGAACGACGACACCUACCGCAAGAACAAUGAGGAUUUGGACGUGCUGUUCAAGAGAUACAGCUCCUCGGCGGCCCCUCCUGCAUUCUCCAUGCCUGUCACUGUCCCAGUGUCCAAUCAGAGCACCCUACAGUUCAGCAACCCUGGUGCGACCUUGGUAACCACCUCCUUCGUGACUUCAUCGCUCUCGGAUCCCCGCCUACUGUCGCCACAGCAACCAGCUCUCCAGAGGAAUACAGUGUCUCCAGGGUUACCACAGAGACCAGCCAGUGCAGGCGCACUUCUAGGAGGGGACCUGAGUAACUCGAAUGGGGCCUGCCCUAGCCCAGUAGCAAACGGGUACAUCAGCGCCAGGGCUUCUCCAGGCCUCCUGUCUGUCUCCAACGGCAACAGCCUGGGGAAAGUAGUUCCGGCCAAGUCUCCGCCCCCAUCGAGCCCUCAGAUGGUGAACAGCCGUAAACCGGACCUCCGGGUCAUCACGUCCCAGAGUGGCAAGAGUCUGAUGCAGCUGACUGACGAGGAGCUGGACCUGGUGAGUGAGGUGAAUAGCUUUUGGUCACUAUGAGGUCACCAGCAUCCGCACACAGUUUCCACGGUCACCGGUGUUGUGCACUCGCCCUGACGCUGACCCAAACGCAGUUCAGCCGUCAGUGUGUCGGGUGUUUAGCGCAGUCCCACGCCCAUGUGUGCUUGUGUGUUCGCGCGCAUGUUUGCAAUGCAUGCAUGGAUAUACCCUGAUAGCCUUGCGGGGUCCUGCCCAUGUGAUGCUCUCCUGCCCAAGGCACGGAUGCCAAGUGAAGUAGAAAAAGGUUAAAGGCAUGGAGAUGUGAUGCAGAAUUAACCAGAGAACAGUUAUUUAAACUUGCAUUUAAACGAAGGGCCUAAAAACACAGGAAUGACAGGCAGAUACUUUGGAAGGGGGCGGCAGCCGUUUAACAGAGCAUGUGAACGCGCAGUGAGCUGGUAACAAAGCAUGUGAACGCGCAGUGAGCUGGUAACAAAGCAUGUGAACGCGCAGUGAGCUGGUAACAAAGCAUGUGAAC